AAGAAGAGAAAGCUUGAGUCCUUGCUCAAAACGUAUGCUAUGGAAAAAAAAAAAAAGUAAUCAGCCUUCCACAUACAAAAGUUUCCCUGAGUUGCGGCGCCUUGCAAUCUUAAAGGUCAAUAUAAAACAAAACUGAAGGAGGGGAGAGAUACGAUCAGUUCCUGCCGUGACGAGACAGAGAGAGAGAGAGAGAGAGAGAGAGAGAGAGAGAGAGAGAGAGAGAGAGAGACGGUAAUUGAAAGCGUCUACUGGUUGUCUUAGUGGUUAGUGUUCUUGUUUUAUCGAGAUGAGCUGGAAAGUUUGGUUUAUCCUGACGGUGGCGGCGGCGGCAGCGGUGACGGUGGCGGAGAGCAGAGGGAUGGUGAGGGAAACCAGGCAAGCGAGUCGGUGUCCAGUGGGCGAGAACUGCACUCCCCUCACAAGGUGCCAACCACUGAGAACCCUGGUGACGUACAGAGUGCCAGGGUGGGAGAGGAGAGUGAGGGCAGCGCAUUGUGGAGGAACGCCAGGGAACUACAGAGUGUGCUGCCCGAGAGAAGGCUUCCCCACAAACACCACCUCAAGGCCGGGAGUGGGCGGGGAGAACCUGCUGCCAAGUGGACACCAGUGCGGACAGUCCCACCUUUUGAAGAUUGUGUUCGGGGAAGAUGUGUUGCUUAGUGGCUACCCGUGGAUGGCGCUGCUCGGAUAUGGAGACAGAGGUACACGUAACCCAGACUGGCGGUGCGGUGGUGUGCUUCUUAACGACCGCUACGUACUCACUGCCGCCCACUGCGUCCACCGUAACUACACCGUGCUGAGAGGCAUAGGGCCACUGGUGGCGGUGAGACUCGGGGAACAUGUCAUAUCCACCAACCCAGAUUGCCUUAAGGAUCCCAAACUGCCGAUCCCGUGCGCUCUCUCCCCCCAGGACUUCACCCCCCAGCAGGUUAUCAUUCACAAGGACUUCAGCAGACGAAUUCGGCUGAGUGAUGACAUUGCCCUCAUCCGCCUCGACAGGAAAGCCACUCUAGGAGGUCCCGUCCAACCUCUGUGCCUUCCGCCUGUGGGUGUGGACAUACCGACUUUCCUGGAUGGACGUGACGCCAUCGUGGCAGGCUGGGGCAUCACGGAGAGUGGAAAAAGCUCAGAUAUCUUGAAGGCUGCGAAGAUUCCAUUUGUCGAGCAUUCAGUCUGCACCAGAACCUACCCUGGCCAGCUAGUGCAGGAGCAGGUGUGCUUCGGCGGGAGAGGCAAAGUCGAUUCCUGCAGGAUGGACUCAGGCGGACCAAUCUUCCAAGUGAGCAACGAACCUCCUCGCUUCGUUCUGCUGGCCAUCCUCUCCGGCGGGUUGGAGAAAUGUGGCACUCCCGGGGCUCCAGCUGUCUAUACAAACGUCGACAGCUACAGGCAGUGGAUUGUGGAUAGCAUUAGACCCUAGAAGUACACCAAAGUCGUCUUCUCUAAGGCUAUCUUCUUCUUCUUCUUCUUCUUCUUCUUCUUCUUCUUCUUCUUCUUCUUCUUCUUCUUUUCUUCUUUUUCUUCUUUUUCUUUUCUUUUUCUUUUUUC